AUGAUCAAAUUCUUCUGGUCGCCAAUGCUCCAGCCGCAUGACACCCAACCAUCAGGCGGAUUAUUGGACGAGCUGUUGCCAUGGUGUCAAUGGUUUUGUGGGGGCUGUCUUCCGAGUGUCCAUCUGCCUCGCCUCGAGGACUGCCAGCAGCCUCUUAAAGGGCGAUCCGACCAGAUCUUGUCUUGCAACUGCGACUUCAUGUCAGUCGCCGAUGACCACCUUGCGAGCACACGGAGCGCUGGGAAGCGCCGCCCGAUCUGCUCGGAGCCGCGGAGCGAAGAAAGCGACCCAAAAAUCAUUCUUUUGAGCCUCGGCGAGACAUUCGGCGGCGAGGAGCCUGGCCGCAGUGGUCAGCGAGUUAGGGUUCCAUGUCCCGUCGCUGCACGGUGCCGCUCUCUCUACGUGCGCCUGCUCCGACCGCCUCCAGUGCCGCUGUCAUUAGGCGAUUUGCCCACAGACAGACAACUACGCACACAGGGGGCCAUAAUGAACAUGCGCGGCCUGGUAGCGACCGUGACGUCCUGCAUUGGCGGCAAGGACGAGAAGUUCGCGGUGCAGGUGCGCCCUGCGGCACCCGAGAACGUUUACUUCGUAUACAAGACUAUGGGCGAGUUCGACGCGCUCUGGGGGUCCCUGAAAACCCUCGCGCGGGACGUUAAACGCCGCUCAAACAGCGACAAAAAUCAGGACUCAGCCAAGGACGAGAAGAAGCCCAGUCUGUUGGCCAAGUGGUUGGCCGGCAUCGUGGACCACUACGCGUUCCGACAGAUCAUCAGCGACCUACGUGCACAGGAGAAAGAGACAAUGAGCACGCUCAACGUGCUGCUGCAGUUCCUCGUGGCGCGCGUGUCAGCACUCUACAUGGAGCGCAGUCUACUACGCGCCUGCACUGUCGAACGUCAACUCGUGACGCUAGUACGCGACUUCCUGCAGCAGCCAGUCGCGGCAAUCACUAAGACCGAAACGGUCGUUAAGACGACGCCCAGCACCAAAGAAGGCCGUAAGCGCUCGUUCGAAGAGAUGCGCCCCGAAGACGGCGAAGAACAGCGAAGCAGUCUAUUCCCCACUCGCAGCAGCAGGGAGCGCCCUGUCAAGACCCAGAAGCUCUGCGGCAUGCGCGAGUGGGCCAUUCCACCAGUCGGAAAGCUAGGAAUGGUGGCGCCCGUGACGUCCCGUCGCCGGGUAUUUGCCGAGGUGGAAUUUUAAAGAGAAGAAGAACUAUUUAUCACUUAGGGAGGACGGCAUAGAAUCGUAGAAUAGCCUAGAGUUGGCCGAGGCAGGUCACGUAUUUAAAAUAUGAGCCGAUCGCAGUUUCCACAGUA